AUGUUGAUUGUACUACUAAUAACUUUUGAGAUCACGACUGCUUUGAAGGGAAAGUCUAUGGAGAAGGAAGGAGUGCACAGUGCUGUGGUAAACAGUCUUUCCUUUCACCCCUCUGGAAACUAUCUGGUUACUGCUUCCAAUGACUCAACUCUUAAAAUUCUGGACUUGCUAGAAGGAAGACUUCUGUAUACUCUUCAUGGUCACCAGGGACCAGCCACCUGUGUAGCCUUUUCAAGAGCUGGAGACUUUUUUGCUUCUGGAGGCUCUGAUGAACAGGUGAUGGUGUGGAAGACUAACUUUGAUGCAGGAGAUUAUGGUGAUGUACUGAAAACACAGAAGUCUGGCACUAGUGUGGAUGGGACCCAUCAUACUCUGCAAUCAGAAAUGGAUUGUGGUGUUCAUCUUAAGAAAACAAAAACUCAGGAGUCUGGUAGGAACCACGAGCAGCAAGUGGAGGAGAACAGUCUUGCAAAUACCUUGGAACAUAUUAUGGGACAGCUGGAUGUUCUGACUCAGACGGUUUCUAUCCUAGAGCAGAGGCUGACACUCACUGAAGACAAGCUGAAGGAAUGUCUUGAGAAUCAGCAGAAAAUCAUUCAGAACAAGAUGAGCUGA